GGAAGAAAACCACCUGAGAACCACUUCAGCAGGACCUAACUUUCCAUUCAGAAGUAAGCCAGGGGACUUUAAAGCCAGAGUUUAUUUUAUUGGAUGGCAGCAACAUCCUUCACACAGAAAAACGAAAGAAAAAAUCUGUCCUCAGCCGGAUGGUGGUCCCUUUUGAGCAAGUUUUUGUUUGCCUCCUGACUCCACCUGCUGGGAAGCCGCCCCACUACCUGCAACCCGCGCUGCACGUUCGUCAGGAGCGCCGAGGUGAAUCACCGUGCGUGCGCUCCGGUUCCCGCCCUCGCGGUGGCUCUCUGGAUAUUUAAACAUUGGAACAGUCGUAGCAGAAAAGUCCUCUCCUGAAAUACUUCGUGCACAACCACUCGAAGCUCUUCUGCGAGCUUUGGCUAAAUUGCCCCUGGAUGCCCGUGUAGCUGGGGUCUGCUUUUCUGAGGAGACCGGAGGUGCCCAGAGGUGCUUGGAACCAGCUCUUUCUCGGACUCCUCUUAGAGUUAGUUAGUUUAAAACGCUUACAUGACUUCUGGAGCAGAAACGGAAAUUUAGAUGACUCUGCCGUCCGAUGAGUGCUGCGGCCACUUCUUCAUCCUCCCCAGUUUGGUGGACGAAGGGUCAUCUACAACGUGUCUCUCCAAGAAGACUCCACAAUGAAAAAAACAACCCAGAGUUGCUUCUUACUCAUCAUCCUUCUAACUAGAAUUGUUCCAAGUCUUUCUUCUACUGUAAAUUAUACUGAUCCUACAUUAGAGCCUGUAGUAACUGAAAAUUCAGUCAUACGACAGAAGAUAAUAGAUUCACAGUUCAAAUGUUAUGAGAGGAUGAACAGAGCUCCUCCAUACAAGAAAAAAGGUCUGUUCUGCAACCGAACAUGGGAUGGCUGGUUGUGCUGGGAUGACACACCUGCUGGAAGGCUCACUGCUCAGAAUUGUCCAGAUUAUUUUCCAGACUUCGAUCCAUCUGAGAGGGCUUCAAAAUAUUGUGAUGAAACUGGAAAUUGGUUCCGCCAUCCUGAGAGCAACCGAACGUGGUCCAACUACACCCUGUGCAACUCUUUCACCUCUGAAAAACUGAAGAUGGCGUUCAUACUUUAUUAUAUGGCGAUCGUUGGCCAUGCUUUGUCCAUAACAUCCCUGCUGAUUUCCUUGGCAAUUUUCUUCUAUUUCAAGAGCCUCAGCUGUCAAAGGAUAACACUGCAUAAGAAUUUGUUUUUUUCCUAUGUGCUGAACUCCAUGUUUACAAUUGCCCACCUCAUUGCUGUCGUUCCUAACCCAGGCCUUGUAAAAAGGGAUCCUGUGAGCUGCAAAGUGCUGCAGUUCUUUCAUCAGUACAUGCUGGGCUGCAAUUACUUCUGGAUGCUGUGUGAGGGGAUUUACCUGCACACGCUGAUCGUGGUGGCAGUGUUUGCUGAGGAGCAGCGCUUGCACUGGUAUUACCUCCUGGGCUGGGGGUUCCCUUUAGUGCCAGCAUCCAUUCAUGCAGUUGCAAGAGCCAGAUACUUCAAUGACAACUGCUGGAUGAGUGUUGACACACACUUGCUUUAUAUUGUUCAUGGACCUGUAAUGGCAGCUUUGUUGGUCAAUUUUUUCUUUUUGCUUAACAUUGUCCGAGUUUUGGUGACAAAGCUGAGAGAUACCCACCGUGCUGAGUCCAACAUGUAUAUGAAAGCUGUCAGAGCCACUUUAAUCCUGGUGCCCUUACUAGGAAUUCAGUUUGUUAUUAUUCCCUGGAGACCAGAAAACCGACUUGCUGGAGAAAUAUAUGAUUACAUCAUGCAUAUACUCAUGCAUUACCAGGGUUUACUUGUAGCUACAAUAUUCUGCUUCUUCAAUGGCGAGGUCCAAGGGGCUCUCAAGAGGCAGUGGACCCAGUACAAAGCCCAGUGGGGCGAGAGGCGCCGGGAGCACUGCUCCACACGAUCUACCUCCUACACUGCCACGUCAAUCACAGAGGUGCCUGUCUACCUCUGCCAUCACGAUGCCAGCAAUGAACAGCUAAAUGGAAGAUACCUGGAGGACUCUGAACUCGUUGCAUUAAAAUCUGGAGAGACGUCUGCCUAGCUGAGCACCUACAGCCACUGCAAACACAUCAUUUCAUGUUCUGCUUGUGAAAAAAUUGGGAGGAAGGGUGGGAGUGUGGAAAUCUAAGAUGCUGUGUCAGAGCUCAGGCCCAGGCAGAAGGACACAUCCUGUUCAAACCACACCAGCCUCUGACAGCAGUGAUGUAGAGGCAGUGUGAUGCAGACCUGGAACAGCAUUUGUUCCUGUGCACUGCAGGAGGGAGUGAACAUGGGCCUGCCCACAGGCUGCAUAAUCUCCACAUCUCCUGAUCCCAUCUGACAUUUGUAACACCCCCAGGUAGCCCAUAGCAAAUAGGAAAGAAAGAACCAAUAUGUGGCAAUUGGAAACUUUCAGCACUUUUUGCUUUUGGUACUUUUCCUUAACACUAGAUUUUAAACCAUCAACUUUCACUAUGUGUAACUGACUUGGAGUCCUUUAUUUUCCCUUUUAAUGAAAUUGAUGUCUGCUUAAAAGAUUUCACACAUUGCAAGACAAAUCAAACAUAUGAACAGAAAGUCAUUCCAAAGUAUUGAAAUCUUGAUGCUUUCCAAAGAAUGCCACAAAAUAUUACCAUCCCCAAAGGAUACCCCAAAAUAUUAUCAUCCCAUUAGCAGAGCAUAAGUCAAAUUAAGAUGAAAUAGUUAUUGCAUACCAAGAUCUCAAACAUCCUCAGAGAAACAGAUCCAUUCUUCAGAGUUAAUGACACAAGUUCUGAAGGCAUCUCCAAAUAGAUUUUGUUUAACAAUACUGGUAGUUCAAGAAUAUUUAUUUACAGGAAAAAUUGUCACCCUAUUACUCUGCCCAGGAACUCAUCAUUAAGACACAAUUCUCUUACUCUGAACAAACUGUGAAAUUUGUUUGGUAACUAUGGGUUAAUUCAGUAGGCAUUCUGAAUUGAGUGCUAGAUGAAUGCUUGUCUCUGUUAUGAAUUUGUGAUCAUGGCAGUAAAUAGUCCCAUGAAAGAAAUCAGGAACCAAUAUCUUAGCACAGGAAACAUCUACCUUUAGAAUCUGAUUGCUCUCCUUAGUUUAUUAUCAUUAGAUAGUCUUGCCAAAAACCUUUAUAACCUAUUUCUGCUAUGAUUGAAAUUAGCAGAAAAAUCCCUGUUAACUUGGAUGAGCAAUGAACAACUCUUCAGUGUUCAGGAAUGAGUUACACAAUACAGUUCAAUGUAGGCUUCAAAAAUAUGAGACCAUUUCCUCCACGGUGAUCUGAAAUAAUUUUUAAAUAUUUUAUCCAGCCAGGCUGAUUUUUCCUUCCCUGACACCACCAGAUCCUAAGCUUUACCCUCAUUUUGUAGAUUUUGAGUGACCAUCUCACUGGAAAAGUCCCUUCCAGGACUGAGCUCACGAGGAAGAGCUGCAGAGCCAGCACUGUGAGGAGGGACAGAUUUGUCCAAUGCACACAGGAGGCAAUGCCUUGCAGGGAAGGAGGCUGCUCUGUUCUCACCACCAGCACAUGCACCAGCUGUGCACCACGACACAUCCCCAGAGUGAGAGAAGCUGCUGGCUCUGCCACUGUAGAACAAAAGAGGAGCUGGGGAACAAGAGGAAUUCUCUGCUGGCAGUGCAGGUCAUCACAUGGUCAGUCCAGCAGAACACUUACAAGAAAAUACCAUGUGUGUGUUUGUUCCAGCCACAUGCCUAUUUUUCAGACUUCAAGGAAUACAAAGACAGUUAUUUUUUCAAACAGUUUUUCUCAUAUUGCUAUUUCUACUUUCACCAGUGAACAAUAGGAAAUGGAGGAGUCAGUUAUUAAGUGGCUCUGCUAUGAAUCUGUAUUAUUCUGAAUAGCUUUAGGGCACACUGCACUUCCCAGGAGGGCUGCAGAAGGCAUUCCUGCUUUCUAAAGACACAGAUGAGCUGAUUGUAAAAGAAAUGUGCAUAAUAUGGAGAGUUCAAUAAUGAACAUGUUGGUUUUAAUAAUGUAUAUGUUUACAACGUGUAAGUGCAAGAUGUUUCACAGUCAGUUCUGUUCAUGUGGAUGUUCAAAAUGGAAAUGCUUUACCAUUAUAUUGAUUGUUUUCUCUCUUUGCUAAUGAUAUUUUCUUGCUCUGUUUGGUAGAGUGCUCUGAAAAGUUAAAUUCAGGAUCUGAGGUUUAGGAUACUGUUUGCAGCUUCAGUGUGCUUGUGGCAGUCUUUAUGGACUUCAGUCAAGGGAUGAUGACUUCCAGCCACAAAAAAUUUGGUAUAACAUACACACUGAGUUUAGGGCUGUCAUCACACUUGGAUUUUGCAGGAAGGGCUGAGUUUUAAAGGUACUUACUGAGUAAUUUCUAAUCAAAAUAUUUUCCAAUGGGAAAUGUUGUUUUUCUUCAUCUCAAGAUGGUUUGAAAUGUUAUCAUUGCACACAUAAGGUACAUUUUACUCUCUGCUUUAUAAAUAGCACCAUACACUAGUGACAGUAAUAUUGAGAAUGCUGAUACUAUCUCAAUAAUUCCUAUUUUGACAGUAGGGUGGUUUGACUAAUGGAUUUCACAAGAACAGCAGAAACAUGUAAUUAAUGUAUCAGUGUAUCAAAAAGUACAGAAGGAAGCUGACAUUUGAAUUAAUGGAUUCAAGGUAUACUUUAAGAGGAAAGCAACCUCACAUUUUUCACCUCUGCAGUAUCUGUUUCCUCUCAAACAUCACACCCAAGACAUGAAAACCCAGCUUAGUGAGCAUUUGCUCUGGCAGAAGGUUUUGUGUGGUUGCUCUGGGUGACUAAAUCUAUCAGGAAGAUAGAUUUAGAUGGAUGCUGGUUGUUUUUCUUUAUGAGGUACAGAAACACAGCACAAAUUAAAAUAUUUGUUGUGGCAUGGGAUGUUGAAAGUAAGAGUUGAGUUUUAUUUUAUUUACUUAAUAAAUAUAUUUUAUCUGAAAUAAAACAUAAACAAAAGUACAGACAAUUUUCUCUGUAUUAAAAUUGUUAGCAAUAAUGCUACCUUAAUUAAAACACCACAAAGUGUUCAUGUAGCAAAAUAACUCUGCUUUGGGAUAAGAACAACCCUGCAAAUGUGGUGAAUUUCUAGUCUCUUCUCCCAUUCUUUGCCAGCCUCAAUAAACAAAGUA